CCCCCCCCAACCCCAUCAACACCUGUCCAGCCAAGGCGCAGGAUCCCACCAACCAGAUUUUAACUAUUGGCUGAUCCUGGCCAAGUCUAAGAGGUCCGGAUGGGGGAAUCAGGAUCAAGACGUUCAAUUAUUGUGUCUCGGCUGCCAAUAUUCCGGAGAAGUAUUAGCCGAAGACGUGAUUCCCUCCCGUCAUCGCCAACGUCCAACAGUACCGUAGGUGUUCACAGCUCUUCCCCCUCCAGCACGAAUUCAAGCUCAGGGAGUACAGGCAAACGCCGGAGCCUAUUCCGCACACCUUCCAUUAGCUUCCACCACAAGAAAGGGAGCGAACAGAAAGUUGAACCUCAGAGCCAAAAUGUGGGCAUCUUAAACGGUGCUCAGUCCAGCCACAGCAACACUUUGCAAAAGCUCAAUUUGGAGGAGCAUGUGAAAAGUAGAGGGAGGCAUUCGGUAGGCUUUGGGGGUUCUCGGAACAAGAAGAUAACGAGGUCUUUGACAGAGGACUUUGAAAAGGGGAGAGAGGCUUCAUCCAACAAGAAUGUCUUCAUAAACUGCAUACGGUCUGGGAAGAACGAAAGCGAUGAUUCUGGAUUUACAGAAGAACAGAGUAGAUCCUCUUCGGUUAAACAUUCCUCAAGGAAACUUCUCCCUAAAUCGUUCUCUACACACUACAGAUUUUCAAAGCCAGUCCCUCAAAGCCAGUCCAUUUGCAGUGUGCAGCCGCCUUCUUGUUCGGUGGAUGUUAAAACCAACGUUGACAAUGAAGCCGCAUUGGCAGCAACAUCUCCUUCAGGUUCUGCCGAGGUAAUAGAAUGUAUAGGUAGCUCUUCGCAGUCACCAAUGCUUUCCACCGACCUGACGACAGUGCAGACACCUUCUGAGUUUCUAGCGUUGACGGAAGAUUCUGUCUCGGAGGUGGAUGGGCUACCCAACUAUGGAAAUUUGCACCCAGAAACCUUCACCCAUAAUGGUUCUACCUCGCAAAUCUUCCUGAAUCCUGUUACUGCUGCUCCUGUUAUUUCAAGGAAAACUGAUCGUGCAGAAAGUGCUUCCCACUAUGAUGUUGCAUCACCCGAAAGUCACAGGGCUAGACGUAUGCUGCUCCGUGAAGCCAGUACUGUACCUGAAAGCCUUGAUCAUAACAGAAACUGUGCAAAAGUAUUAUUACAAGAACUCCCUGCUAAACAGUUUAGACACCAACAAGAAGUAAACUCAGGAGCUGAAGCACAAUUAAAACCCGUUGUCUUAAAACAGGGAGAAAUAACUGAACAUUCUCCAAAUGCACAGAGAUCACAUAGGGACCAAGAAGAAAUAAGAGCCUCUCAACAUAUUAGAGAAACCAUCCCACCGACUGAAUCUAUGAUCAUCCCUUUGUCUUCUGAACCUCAGUCUUUUCAAAUGCAACAGGGAUAUGAAAUGAACCACGCGAAGGUGAAUCUGGCCAGCAGUUUUAGCCCAUAUCGAGAAGGGCGAUUCAUAGAAAAACGCCUGAGGUCUUCUUCAGAAGGUACCGCUGGGAGUAGCCGGAUGAUCUUAAAACCAAAGGACAGCAACCCAGAAGAACUGAACAGUCUGAGAAAGCAGAGAACAAGCUCCUCCUCCUCCAAAAUGAACAGCAUGGAUGUUUUGAAUAACCUGGGCUCCUGUGACCUGGAUGAAGAUGACCUCAUGCUUGACUUGGAGUUCCUGGAAGAACAACAUCAUUGCCGUUCUGUGUGCCGAGAAGAUUCCCACCAGUCUAUAGUCUCCUGUGCUGCAGUGCUACUUACUCCCAUUGAAUCUGCAGCUGAAGGAAAGAAGAAGGAACAGCCAAAAAUGCCUGAAGUGACCAAACAGAACCUUUCUCUCAAGCUGUCCAAAGAAGUGGAUCGGGGAGAAACAAGGUGCUCUCGUGUCAGUCAGCUUGCCAGCAGCCCAUCAGUGGAGUGGCCUUUUCCAGCCAUGGAAGAAGGUGGAGGGAUGGAAUCCUUGCCCUUCCGGCUCAUGAUGCAAGACUGUACUGCUGUCAAAACAUUACUGCUGAAGAUGAAGAGGGUUCUCCAAGAGAGCACUGAUAUGAGUCCUGCCAGCAGUACCCACUCCCUUCCAGUUAGUCCACUUACUGAAGAACCAUUGUCAUUCAAGGAUAUAAUGAAAGAUGAAUGCUCAUCGCUGAAGCUGCAGCUGAAAGAGAGAGAUGAGCUCAUUUCUCAACUCCGUGAAGAGCUGGAGAAGGCCCAACAUUUACAGAGCGCUCUUGUCUCUCAAGCAGAUAAAUCUACACAGACUGAACUUGUAGGCCACGAUGCCCUGUGGAAUUCUUCAUGUACUGAAGGUUCAGUUUACAAACCAAUCAGCAUCUCAUUGGUAUCAACAUUAUUUAAUUAAAUAAAUAAAUAUAUAUUGUCUGGAUACACACUACAUAGACAAUUAGUUUAAUUUAUCUUUCUUCUAUUAAAAAGUAUGUACAUUUGCCUCAGAAGAUUGCCAUAUUUGAGAUUACUUAUGCUGCAGUGGGGGGAAUGUUUAUUCAUUAUAAAAGCAACCAGAAAAGUAUUCUUCACUAUUAUCAACUGAAUUAGCAAACCUUUCAUUAAAUUAUAACUAAUAAAUUAUUGAGGAGUUUGAACAAUCAAAAUAAAAUAUACUUACG